AUGAGCGCGUGUCAUCAAGUCCUUGGAGCAAACACUGCACUCAUAAAAACCACCUCGAAUCGAAACCUGCCAAAACAUAGUCUUCUGCGAAUAUCUGGCGAAGAAAAGGUUCUUACCAGCUUAAUCAUGGCUGACACGGAAAUCAAAACCCCCGAACGCAAGCCCCGCAAGUCCGUAGCAUUCAGCGAGGGAACCACGGUAGUCGACAAAAACGGAGCAGUCACGAUGAUGGACGGGCACGACGAUACGAAGGACACGGCGCAGUCACACUCACCAAGUACUCCGCGUCUAUCACAGGCUUUGGGGGCAUUUACUGACCCUGUACAAGGCCUUAAUGACGGCGCGAACGAGCCCACGAACGACGACGAUGUUGCAGCCAUGUUGAAGGGCAUGAAGAAGAAGAAGAGCAAGAAGCCCAAGGACGCUGAGGAUGAGGGUGAGGGUGGCGAGGCUGUUGCGGAGGAUGGCGGGCUGGAUCUUUCGUCGAUGAAGAAGAAGAAGAAGAGCAAGAAGCCCAAGGAGACCGAGGACGCCUUCGCCGCCAAGAUCGCCGCGCUUACUGUCGAUGAUGCCGAGGAGGGAGAGGCCCCAGCCGCAGCUGCUACGGAGAAGAAGGUCGUGGAUGAGGGUGAUAUGGUGAAGGGCACUGGAAUCUGGCAACACGACUCGGAAACAAAGAUCCCCUACGAACAACUCCUGUCUCGAUUCUUCGUCCUCCUCGCCCAAAAGAACCCAGACCAUGCGUCGAGCGGCUCGAGGAGCUACAAGAUCCCGCCUCCUCAGUGCCUCCGCGAAGGAAACAAGAAGACGAUUUUCGCCAAUAUUGCCGAGAUCUGCAAGCGCAUGAAGAGAACUGAUGAGCAUGUCACAUCUUAUCUUUUUGCCGAGUUAGGUACGAGCGGUUCGGUUGAUGGAAGCAGACGCCUUGUUAUCAAGGGUCGAUUCCAGCAGAAGCAGAUUGAGAAUGUUCUGAGGAGAUACAUCAUGGAAUAUGUCACCUGUAAAACCUGCAGAUCCCCAGACACCGAGCUCAACAAAGGAGAGAACAGACUUUACUUCAUCACUUGCAACUCCUGCGGAUCCCGACGCUCGGUCACGGCCAUCAAGACAGGAUUCUCUGCCCAAGUCGGAAAGAGACGCAGACAGCAAGGUUAA